GUUUCCUUUAGAAAACAAGCAGAGUCAUAAGUGACAAAAGGAAACAGACCUUUUUCCUGUCCAAAGCCAAACACCCUUUUUCUCCCCCGCAUUCUCUCCGACUCCGCUAGUGAAACUCCCGCUCUCAACAGUAAACAUUUAUCAAUCAACAAUGGCAGACAAAGAAGAACCAGAAGAAGAAGGAGAAGAGGAAGAAGAAGGAGAAGGAGGAGGAGGAGGAGAAGAAGAAGCAGAACCGAAAAGGCAACUACAACUGGCCGAGGACGUGAAGAAGCUCCUGAGUUCUUACAUUGGCGUGAGCUUCGGUGUCUUCCUGGCGCUGGCUCCGACGAACUUGGCGCAGUUGCAGAGACAAGCGUCGGAGCUCUCGGGAAGGCUAGGGUACGCGGAGGAGCAGGUGAGGCAGAUGAGAUCGCGGAGGAAGGAGGACUCGAAAGCGAACGCGAGAGUGGUCGAGAUCUUUGCGAGCCACCGGAACGCCUGGCAGGCGGAGGAGAAGUGGCUUCUCCACCAGAUCGACGCCGCCAACCAGGAAAUCGCGCACCUCAACGCCAGAAUCGCCGAGUUCGAGAAGGCAGAGGACGCCUCCAGGGACUGCCUGCGCCAUCUGGAGCGCGAGCUCGCCGAGCGGGACGAGGUCAUCGGAUUCAUGUCGCGGACGACCGCCGCGGCGCCGGAGGAGACGGCGGUCUACGGGAACUCGGAGUACGUCGAUGAUGAUGAUGGCGGUGAAUGUGAUGGAGAUGGAGAUAAUGUUGUGUGUGAAGAUCGUUCGGAGGAGUUUGUGCCGGAGUUUCUUUCGGCUUCGGCUCCAAAGGUUUGGGCGGAGAGAGCAAUUCUCUGGCAGGAUGUAAAGUAUGAAUCUGUGGAGUCUAUGUAUGAUAUGAAGCAUUUUGUAGCAAGAAGGGAGUCUCCUUGGAAGGUAGAUGGUGAAUCAACUGGAGUCUCCUCAAAGCUGAAAUUACUUGAACAAGAAUUACUGAAUUUGGAAAAAGUUGGAAAGAGUAAUUUAUCGAAGGCACCGUCGUUGAUGAGGAAGCAAGCAAAGAGAUAUCAAGCUCUUGCAGGGAAGAUAGAUGAUCUAUGCGGAAGAAUGCAAGCUAGUGAUCCCUGCGACUCAACCCUCAGUCUGGAUUUCCGUACUCAAAGGCAAACCGAGUUCUUACUUGAAGCAUUUAGGCUUCAGCAGCAUGCAUCAGAAACUGGUCAGAAGCUGAUGGGAUUACAAACUGAGAUUGGGAAGAAAUACAGCGGGGAUGAGAUUGGAAGCUUUGCAAACCUUGCUACAAAGCGGUCCUUGGACUCCAUUGGAAACAACUUCAAGGAAAUUCAGAGGAAUUUGGAGAUAUGGUUGGCCAGAAUUAUCGGAGAUCUCGAAGGCAUUCUUGCCAGAGACGGAGCCUCACGUGUGAGGGAGUAUUACAUUUCUAGGUACCCUUUUGUUCAAUAGAAUCUGGAGUUGGUAUUCUCCUAAUCUUCAUCCAACCAAAUGUAUUUUGCUCUUUUUGUGUAUAUGUGCUGAUCUAGGCCAUGAAGUGGUGGUUAGAUUUUUAACUUUUUGUUUAUGGUAGGCAACUGAAUGUGUUUGAUGAAUCCUCUUAACGAAAUCAUUACUUGAAUCUCUCUCUCCUUUUUUUUUUUUAUUAUUAUUUUAGUUA